GACCGCCUUCAACAACGCUAAUCGUUAGAGCACAGGUACAAAAUGACAUUUAUCAGCCUAGAUCUAGCAAGCUCUCUCGGUACAGUAGGUCCCUUACAGAACUUGCAAAGUCAUGCAUCAAUUUCGUCACUUUUUCAGCAAUGGGACAUAAUUACCUUGUUCCCCAACUUUGCGAAGAACUCUGCGGAACUAGGGCUUGUGGUCCCAAAUUCUUUAGAAAUGGAUUCAACCAAAAGGUCAUCAAUGCUUGGAGGAUCGAAAAAUUACAAUUGUGUGCUAACGGACUCGAGAGCGGUAGAGAAAGGAGAAACUGGUGAGACUGGAAGAAGUCUUCGUUUGGCCUGUGGUUCUGUAACUGUGGAUCAAGCAAGCCAAAUUUCAACGAAAGAAGUGAUCUACCCAUACGAUGGCCCUCUUGAUACAGGACUCAUAGGAUUGGAAUUCAUAAGUGAUGGCCCUUUAGCUGUUGAACCUAUAGAAUGGGAAUUGAUGGAUAGUAGAGUCCAAGAAUUUGACCAUAGUCAAUUAUUCAAGGCAGAGGUUGAAAAAUACUCGAAGGAAACAUUACACAUUCAACAGAAUACACAAAGAACGAACGCGACAUAAUGCAACCUGUAUGAUGGCUCGCUCUUCUGAUUUGGUUUAUUGUUUAUCCUUUCCCUAUCCCUAUAUCAAGGGAGAUACACACCACUUUACUUCUUUCCGGAAUCAACAACGAGCAGCCAACAACGAUUAUGAUCUCGGAAAGUUAAGCAAAUAUGAAAGUCGUUUCACGACAUAUUUGUUCUUGAAGAGCCGCCUCGAUAGCACCGGACAUGACGACUGAGAUCAACACAGUGCAAUCAUUCCCA